GAUCCGGACUGGGUGCCGGGGACGUGUCACUUCUGGGCGGGAAAUAAAUUUCUCUGCUAAAUCACUUGUUCGUUUAGGAAAAAAAAACAGCGCCAGAUGUUCCCUAUAUUGCUUUCGAUCUUCGUCGCGGCCGUCAAGGUAUUCAAGAAGACCACUCCUAAUGGCAAAAUCACGGUAUAUCUGGGCAAGAGAGACUUUAUCGAUCAUCUAGGUCACACCGAUCCUAUCGACGGUGUUCUCGUCGUGGAGAAUGAUUACCUUCAAGGGCGCAAGGUCUUUGGCCAGGUCUCGACAACCUACCGAUAUGGCCGUGAGGAGGACGAAGUGAUGGGAGUCAAAUUCAGCAAGGAGCUAGUAUUGUGUCAGGAACAAUUGAUACCGCAGAAAAAGGAGAAGCAGGAGACUACGUCGAUUCAGGAUCGCUUGGUGAGGCGCCUGGGUUCGAACGCGUAUCCAUUCACGUUCCAAUUUCCACAGACGGCUCCUAGCUCGGUCACCCUACAACCUGGCGACGAUGAUCAAGGAAAACCCCUAGGAGUCGAAUAUGCCGUGAAAAUAUUCGUUGGAGACAACGAAGAAGACAAGGGACACAAAAGGUCCUCUGUCUCGUUGGCCAUCAAGAAGCUGCAGUACGCCCCACCGACGCGAGGCCGCCGACUUCCCAGCUCUUUGAUUUCUAAGGGAUUCACCUUCUCUCAGGGUAAACUGAAUCUGGAAGUCACAUUGGACAGAGAAAUCUAUUAUCACGGCGAGAAGGUUGCAGCGAAUGUCACAGUUACGAAUAAUUCACGAAAGGCGGUGAAGAACAUCAAGAUGUUCGUGGUUCAACAUUGCGAGGUGACUAUGGUAAACGCCCAAUUUUCGCGACACGUGGCUAGCUUGGAGACUCGCGAGGGUUGCCCGAUCACACCGGGUGCAUCCUUCACGAAACAAUUCUAUCUUGUGCCUUUGGCCAGCAGCAACAAGGAUCGGCGUGGCAUCGCUCUCGACGGGCAUCUCAAAGAUGACGACGUAAACUUGGCAUCCUCAACACUGGUAGCCGAGGGCAAGUGCCCGGCUGAAGCCUUGGGUAUCGUAAUUUCUUAUUCGAUCCGAGUAAAGUUGAAUUGCGGUACUCUGGGUGGCGAGCUGGUCACCGAUGUUCCAUUCAAACUGAUGCAUCCGACCCCUGGUGCCAUUGAAAAGGAAAAUGCCGUAUUAAAGAAAGGCAAGAGCAUUGAGAGAGCACGGUACGAGAACUCUUGCUACGCCAACGAUGACGACGACAAUAUCAUAUUUGAAGACUUUGCUCGUUUGCGUUUGAACGAACCAGAGUAAAUCAGAGAAAGAGAGAGAAAAAAAAGAGCGAGACUAGCGCUUUCUACUUUGCGACGGAUUACUUCAAAAGAAUCCUGAGCUUUCUACUCGUGGUAGAUUAUUCUUCGCGUUUAAAAUCGAGUUUUACCUCUUAGAUAUUAACAUUAUAAAUUUAAAACAAAUAUACAUGAUUGGAAACAUACACAAUAUUUCAAAAUAAAAUAAUUUUAAAUGUUUCAUGUAGAAUCUGCAUCCUCUUUGGAUUCUUUUGACGUGGACGAGCUGUAUUCAGUGAAUGUAGGUUAAAAAGAGACAUUAAAAUUAACUGUAUUAUAAUAUUAUGGAACUGUUACUAAACAAAAAAAUGAAAAAAAUAUAAAAAAAGCGAAAAGAUAACUUAAAUAUGUAAAAACAAAAUCGUCUCGGAAUUUCUGCGCAAUGGUGGUGGUUGGACAGAAAUUCGCUGCGAGACGAGCCAAAAAAAGAAAAAGAAAGAACGUCAAGUAAACUAAUCUAAUCCACGUUUAAGUUUAAAAGUUUCCCGUCUUACCAGAAGUGACAUGGUAUAUUAUUCGUCCCCAAUUAAUUUCUUAUGUUUUACGGUACUCCACACAUUCAAUUGUUUAUUAGUAAAGAACUGUCGAUUGACGGUACUGUUCAGUUGCAAUUACAUUAGAAAAUACAUAUGAAACUGUAAAAAUGC